CGCAUAGGUGUGCCUUUCUGCCACCACCUCACCCCCAUCAGCCCAGCGCUCCUUUAUUUUCUCCCGACUCCGAAACCUCCUCCCCCACAAACAAAUACCUGAACGACGAUACCCGUCUUGCUGGUAGGGGAGUUUUAAACACGCGACUUUCAAGAUCGCAUUCACCCCGCGAGCCGACCUACAAAGCAGCCCCGACUUCUGCGACUUGUCGCCCGGUCGUACCAGCCACCCUCCUACCUGAACCGACCAAAACCGAGCCAUCCUCUACAACCCCCCAAAGACUUGUCCUCUUUCCCUCAGCCAAACUCAAGUCCGGAAAAUCCCAACCUCGCUCUUCCAGCGCAGAACAUCCGACGACGUAUGAUGGCAACUGAAGCCACCCUCGACGCCCCCGUUGAUGCUUCUGUCCAUUCUGACUCCAAGCUCACUAACGACGCUGACAACGACUCGCACAAUGUUGGCCCAGAUCGCGCGAAUCUGAACGGUAGUCCCGCCGUCGAUGACUUAGAAAAUAAGCGCAUCACCGGUGUCGAAGAUCAGCUCGUUUCAGCAGACGUUAGUGUUAGCGGAGGGUCGGAUACGGAAGCAUCGCGGUUUGCCCGAGAUGGAGAGAAGGGCCACGGCAGGACGUCAUCGGCUGUCAAGAAGCCUGCGACAUUCAAGGCUGUGUCGGUCAACAAAAAGUUUUUGGCCUCGAAAGGCCCUACGAGUAUAGCUACGACCAAACCUGGCGAGAAGACCAACUCGACGACAAUCCUCAGCUCCUCGCCAUCGGGAACCUCGACACUGUCGUCGCGACCUAGACUUGUCGCAAAGUCGGGAACUGGCACGGGCUCCACCCCGCGCCUCAACCCGGCUGCGAAUGGCGCCCAACCCGCCUCAGGCCCUGACCCCAACGCCGUGUGGAACAAGAAUCGACCUGUUCCAGUCCCGGAACCCAAGAAGCUGACGGAUGAGGAACUUAAGAAGUAUGGCAUUCACAUGGCGAGCCGGCUGGCUCCGGAGAGUGGGCAGGCGCAAGGGAACUGGGCGGACAUAGAGGACGACGACGAUGAUUGGGCGCCUGAGACCAUUACCUGGACAGAUGGUACCAAGACUACGCUCCCGCACCCCGACGAAACGCCCGCGCCGCCGCCUGAGCCGAUCCCGGUACCGCCCAAGGAGAAGGCGAUAGAGAAACCGAAGUCACCAGCACCACCACCCCGCAGCACCGUGUCGCCCUCUAUAAAGCCCGGAGGGCUUGCUUCUGGAAAGGGCCUGAUCCUCAAGGCCGGAUCUGCCGACAAACCGACACUGGUCGCAAAGCCGCCUGCUCCCCCGACGCCCGUCAAGUCACCAUGGGCGCCUCUUCCGCCUAUCGAGAAAGCGCCGCCAGUUGUCGCCGAGUCAUCUGCGUUCCACGCCGGCACGAGAUAUUCUGCCAGAGACCAGUACUCUACGAGCAACACCCCACCGCCUCACCAUGCCAAGGAGAUCGCUGCCGAUGAUUUUAGUCGUUCUACUUGGAGAGAAGGGCCUGCGGUGGGCGGAAACAGGGAACUAUUCAACUCACAGUCUGGGCGUUAUGAGCCAGCACCUGAUCGAAGGGGCUCCAUGCGGUCCGACGCUCACCCCAGACAACCCGCCGUGCUACAGCGCCCAUCCCAGUCUGAUCACCCUGAGCCGUCUGCCGCUUUCCAGACAAACAGGAGUUCGGUCCCUGAUGGUCCCUAUGGCAGACGUCGCGGAUCCUCCGUAGCUAGUGGUGGAAGUGGGUCCUACUUGCAACGACCGGGCAAGGGCCACGAGAUGCCGAUGCCUCCCCAGGAUUUACUCAGCGCUCGCAGAGGUUCCAUGGCCGGGUCAAUCGACAGCCCUGUUUCCCCGCGAAACUUCUCUCCCUCGGGCUUGCAACACGGCCCUCGGAUGCAUGGCAACCAGCAGUGGCAGCCUCGGCCUUCGCCAGGAACCAAUUAUGCCACCUUGCACACAUCAGCCCCUCAGCCGGACAAUAGACCAGUACAGCCACCCCCGAUGGCCCGUUUGGAGGAGGAUCUUGAACUGCAGAAGAAGAUUAUGCGCGAGAAGCGAGAGCUGGCGAUGCAAAGAAGACGCGAAGAGGAGGCCCGCGAGGAGGCCGCAAGGAAGGAACGCAUCAAGGCGAAGUUGGAAGCCAUGGGGCCGCCUCCGGAACGCAAGAGUGCAAAGAAAGAUUCAUCGCCCGAGGACACUAACAGGGCCGCUCAAACACAGGCACAAUCUCAACAACAGGACGGCUCUACUGGCCCAGAGGCGGGCUCACAACCAGCAGCGAGCUCGAGUUCAUCCAUUGCGCCAGCAGCAACUGACGCUGAAGUGAGUGAUAAAUCGUUCAGCGAAAGACCUAUCAUCGCUGGCGGAGACCCUGGCAGAAUCCAGGGUGGGCAAGAUGCCAGACAACCUGAUUCUUGGGUGGCUGCUACACCUCAACAGGAACGUCUGCCGAGCUGGGGCUCCUCUGCUCCUCAAGCCCCUCGCAACGUUUGGGGAUCGCCUAAUAAUGAUCGCGGGCUCGGCAACGGAACUUUUAACACUGAUCUGGGUCGUUUGCCUGGGUCGCAGGUGGCUCAGCUACCCGGCCAGCUUGCUCCGGUUCAGAAUAGCAAGGGCCCCGAACCCAUCGCACCACCCGUCGUGCAGCGAGCACCGCCUCAGGUUCCGGUGGCCAAUCAGUCUCGCUCAGGACAUGGAGGCCCGCGGGAAGCAAACGACAUGAGAAACAGAUGGGCCAACUCAGUGCUGGAGGGGGAUAAGGUGGUCCUGGACGAGAAGAGAACACAGCGUCUCGAGCGCGAUCGGACUCUCGCUGAGCGCGGACUUACCAUUGAGCAAGCACAAGCCUCGAUCAAAGAAACAUGGCGGCCCUCUGGAGACAGCAGGCGCGAUGCCGCACACAUCAUCCACCACGAUGUGUCUUCUCGUAGCGUUGAUCACCCCUCGGUACCUGCUGGCCCAUCGGCGGGUUCGAUCCUGCCUCCCACCGGACCAUCAGCCGCUACUCAGUCGCGAUCUUCCUCCAGAUUCUUCCCGCCCAAGGACGGCAGACACGAUCCUUCAGGCUCCCAUUUGGAGCCAUCGAGGCCCAGCUCGCCUUCUCCGCCGCCUCCGGACAUGUUUGGACACCCAGCUUUCGACGGAGAUGCCCUGCAUCCCCAUGUAUCCCUUCCCCGCCCACAUCCUGUUGUCAAGCUGCCCCCUUCAGCUUCGGCUGCGCAACCCGCGGCUUCCAGAUCUACCGGGCAAUUCGCUUGGGCUACUCCAGCCGGAUACAAGGACGGACCUGGGUCUCAUGCUCGCGGGCCUCACCAGCCGAGUCAUGCGCCGCAACGGUCGCAGGACAACACCGGGAAUGAGAACUGGCAGGAUCGUAUCAACAACCUACUCACAGGACGAAAGCCAAACUCCCCGCCAAAGGCACCAGGUGUCGAACCUGUCACUAAGAGUGCUCUCGACUAUUCGGGCCAUUUCAACCCGGCCACUGUCUCUUUGCCUCGUUCUAUCGUUCCGCAGUCGUCUGAUGAUGUAAAAUCUUUCAACACGAAGCCGAUGGCAGAAGAAUGCUUUGAGGAACAGGAGAUGGGGUCGCUCCCUCAAAUUCGGAUCCCGCACAAGACUCCGGAUGCUGCGUGGCACCCAGCUGCCGCUCCGAGCAAGCCGCUGCCGAGGCGCUUUUGGGUAUCCGACGUUGAGACAGUCCGGUCACUAUGGUUCCCUCACGAGAUGUCCAACAGCAGCAGCGUGUACCGCAUCCUUCUCCCCGGAAUGGCCGAGGCCAAAACGGUUCCCCUUCCGUCCUCUCGAUCGGGUAGCAACCCACGACGAUCUAGUGGGCGUGGGCAGCGCGGAUCUGGCCCAAGCCAUCGGGGCAGCAAAGGUCGCGAAUCUUCUUAUUCGGGCGAGGCAAGCAACCCGAACCCCCCUCCCAGCCGGGGAGGCCGAGGCGGCUACCGUGGACGUGGGUCCGAGAACUGGUCGCGUCGGACGCCCCCUACGCAGGCAGCUUAAGAUAAAGCUGCCACGAUGACACUUUGUGAAAAGUCAACACAACGUGAUUUACUUGCGGUUGGACUUGCGGUUGGCUGCAUACACUAUCAAUCGUAGUCGGCAAUAGUGAAGGCCACACGACGAAACGUACAUAUACGUUAUAUGCUGCAGGCAUGCUACAAUCGCAUGCAGGGGCAAACAGCUCCGCUACGAGCGGUAGGCAGUAUGUACCCUUUUAAAAAAACAAAAAAACCUUUGAUAAUUUCCGCAGAGAGCGUUUUGCGUUUUCCAACUUUGGCGACUCGGAGUCAGCCGGGUUGCUUUGGUCGGCUUAUGAGCAUGACGGCUCCAAAACUGGCAAAGAGGUGAAUAAAGGCAGGGGUUGGGCAGCGAACCCUACUCGCGACUUUCUUGCCUAGACCGCUCUCAACGACACACGGAGCUUCAACUCCUAUCGACCAGUUUCCCGACUUGAAAACACCGCCAAUAAGCCUCGCCAAGUCAACGUGGGAAAGCACUGGUCACGUUGAUCCAGGCCAGGCGUUUCUUCGUAUGAUUGGUAUCCAUGACACGAAUAACGAAAGAGGCGGAGGGUAGACGAACAAUGGAGGGAGCAGCGAGUGGCCAAGGGGAACGUCCUGGGGGGCGUGGAGCAACGCGGUCUUUUACUUAUGACACCGAUGCGACAGGAGGUGACAACACAGGACUCGGAUAUGGAUGAUUGAACGGCGACCGGCACAUGCUCGGUCACUGCAAUGACAAAGAGCAGUGACUGCUUGUGGGCAGAUAAAUGUCCUUGGUAAUUGCAGCUCAGAAAAUUCACAAACAAAUGAUUAAAACACCAGGGCUUCAUGCCGCAUUACAUUUG